CUCGAGCCCGUCUACCAGCGAGAGGAUCCACUUGGGGCCAGAGCGGCCUCCCGUCCCCGGAGGUCCACGGUGGUCUCCGCGUCAGGGCGGAGGCCCAGGGACGGUUCCUGUGCGAAGGGGGCGCCACUUUACCCGAGGGUCGGAAGCGGGUACAGGUGGCUGUUGCCUCUCUAGGCCUUGGCUUUCCUCAGUAGUCCGAGAGCCUCGUUGCCAUAGCAACUUCCAAUCCUAGAGCGUCUCCAGUAAGGCUUAAGGGAGUCUGUUGCCUGAGAUCCCGGCGACCCAGGACUCUGGAAGGAAAGCGCUCCCACUACUACCUUUCCGACCUUGGAGUGUGUCCACAGCUUCCUCUCGGGAAAGGCCAGAAGAGACACUUUGAGCCCAGUUCCCCCAGCUUUCAUCGGCCCUGGAAGCCCUGCCCAACCAAGCGAGGGGAACGCAGGGCGUCUUCACCCCCGCCUUUCAUCCCUUCUGGAUCUCCAAGCACCAACUGGUUCAUCACCCUAAUGACGCUGGUCCUUUUAUGAGGCUGCUUUCAUGUCAGCCGCCUGGGAGUGCCAUCUCAGCAUUAAGCCUAGGGAGGGUGGCACGAUGCCUCAGACCCUGCCCUGGAGUUUAUAAGGCAGCUCACGGGGUUGGAGGCUAAGCAUGGGGAAGAGCUGCAAGGUGGUCGUGUGUGGCCAGGCAUCCGUGGGCAAAACCUCAAUCCUGGAGCAGCUUCUAUACGGGAACCAUGUAGUGGGUUCCGAGAUGAUUGAAACACAGGAAGAUAUCUAUGUGGGCUCCAUUGAGACGGACCGGGGGGUCCGGGAGCAGGUGCGUUUCUACGAUACCCGGGGGCUCCGAGAUGGGGCAGAGCUGCCCCGACACUGCUUCUCCUGCACUGACGGCUACGUUCUGGUCUAUAGCACUGACAGUCGAGAGUCCUUUCAGCGAGUGGAACUGCUUAAGAAGGAGAUUGACAAGUCUAAGGACAAGAAGGAGGUCACCAUUGUGGUCCUCGGCAACAAGUGCGACCUGCAGGAGCAGCGGCGCGUGGACCCAGAUGUGGCUCAGCACUGGGCCAAGUCAGAGAAGGUGAAGCUGUGGGAGGUGUCAGUGGCUGACCGCAGAUCCCUCCUGGAGCCCUUCAUCUACCUGGCCAGCAAGAUGACCCAGCCCCAGAGCAAGUCCGCCUUCCCCCUCAGCCGCAAGAACAAGGGCAGCGGCUCCUUGGAUGGCUGAAGACCUGCAUCUCUUCUCCACCUUCCCAGGCCCAUUCCAGCUCCAGGAAGGGGGUUAGGCAAGCUGUCCUCAGUUAGUGGGGGCGCACCCCACUAGGCCAGGCUGCUGGGCUGUCCCAGGCUAGGGCCAUUUUUGCUCCCUCCUAGCCCCAGGAAACACAGGUAAUCCAGGUUAGAACCCCCAGCCCCCACCACCCCCUGCUUUCAUCAUCUCUGCCCUGCCGUGACGUGGGGCAGUUGUGGGUUAGUGCCCCUUCUGCCUGCCUGGUAGGAAGCAGAGGUACCAUGAAGAAGUGCCCACCCUAGGGCCUAGUUCCUAUCACAGGGGCCCCAUGCCCCCCUCACACAUUGGUGGCACCAGCUGGAGUCUGGAGAAGGGUGGUCGGGUACUGUGUGCGUACGCGUCCACGUUCCUGACCUUUCUCCUGUCCUUUACCCUAAGAAGCUGGCCUGGGAAGUGAGAUUUUCUCUUUUACCUCUUUCCCCAGUUGUUUCUCUUCCUGCUUAGAGAGCACAUGGCGCUCAUUGGUUGAGGAAUGGAAUGAUGUAUGGGCCAUGAAUCACCAACUGGCUUUGUGACCCACCAAGGCCUUUCCUGUCUCUGGGCUUCAGUUUCCUCAUCUGUAAAGUGAUGGGAAUUGUUUAGAUGACCUUCUAGAGCCUCUCUAGUCCUAUAAUUUUAUAAUGCCCUGGCUUCCAGCUGACUGUGACCCAACUAGAUUAUGACUGUAUCCUUUGCUUAUCCCUAUUCAAGGUGCUAAGGCUACUGCCCUGGAGGCUGGGACACUCUCUCCCCCAACCACCAGGGGGCAGGAGUGCACUAUCCACUCUGGUUUCCGAGUGGCCAAUGGGGGACCUCAUCCUGGUGGGUUUGGUCUUCACCCCUUCCUGUGGUUGUUUUCAGCUAACAGCUGGACUUCUGUUUAUAAAUUUACCAAUUAUAAAUUGGCCUGCUGCCAUGGUGAAGGCUGGACAAGGUGCUCCUCUAGCCCUUCCUUACCUCAGAUGCCUGAACAGAACAGGGCAAACCAGUAGCAGCUUCUCAGGCGCCCACAGAUCUGUCAGGGCACAGAAGGGUGGUCACGCUCAACAUGCUGUCGGGUGAGCUCAUGACCCACAACUUCCUGUGCCCGUGUGCUUUCCUAAUGUGCACUGCUAGCAGAGCUGAGACAACUCUAGCCAGGCACCUCCAGGACACGCCCCUUCUCCCCAAAACGGGAGUGAUGAGCAUGGGCGGGUGGUCCAGGACUGGGCAGGUUGAGUAAGGCCAUAAGUUCAGGUUUAAAGUUCAUUUAUUGAUUUGUCAGACACAAUAAAACCACAACUGUUACCAAAAAUUUCCCCGCCCUUCUCCCUUUUU